AUGGCAGCAUUAAAACGUACAGUUGAUUUAAGUAGCGAAGAAAUUCAACAAGCUUGGCAAGAUGUUCGAAAUGAUGCAGCAGAAACUAAUUGGGUUCUAUUGACUUAUGGUGAUAAUGGUGAAAUUAUACUGUGUGGCAAAGGAUCGGGCGGAUUGAAUGAAAUGAGAAAAAAAUUAAAAGACAAUCAAAUUUAUGUUGGCGUCAUUCGUGUUCGAGCAGUCGAUGACUAUGGAAGCCAACGAGCAAAAUUUGUAUAUAUUAAUUACGUUGGCGUCGCUGUGCCAACAUUACGUGCUGCUCGUGCAUCUAUGCAUAAACAUGAUUUUGAACGACUUUUUAACGGUUAUCAUAUUCAGAUAUAUGCUAAUGCUCAAGAAGAACUGUCUGAAGAUAAUAUUAUAGCAACGCUACAAGCCUGUGCUGGUGCACAUAAACCACAAGCAUACGAAUUUGCAUAG